UGAGCUUGUUUAGUGUGUUCUCAGCUGAUAGCAGGCAGACUCACUGCCGGCUGGGCUAGAUACCUUUUAGUUUCCUCUGGAAAGCUGGUUGAAGGAUGCAUUACCAGGAGUAUAGCAAACAAUUUUGGAAUUGCCCUGAACCCGGAGUGCCAGGCAGUCAAACCCACCAGCAACUUGUGAAAAAUUCUAUUGGCACAAGAACCUUAAUCGUUGGUGAUGGAGCCAAUGACAGAAGCAAUGCGGAAAUCCCUCCGAAAUCAAGCCCUGAAACCACUUCAAACCUGUCAGUUGCUAUGGAGCUUCAUUUUGCUAUUAAUUAUUCCACUUGCGGAAACAUGGAAACAGAACCUUCCAAGACUCAAGCUUUUUCAUAAAGAUUUGUUGGUCUCAAACAGCUGCAUUCCAUUCCUCGGCUCAGCGGAGGGCUUCGAUUUUCAGACCCUGCUGCUUGAUGAGGAGCGGGGGAGACUGCUAGUAGGAGCCAAGGAUCACAUAUUCCUACUCAACUUAGAUGAUCUGAACAAAAACAUCAGAAAGAUUCACUGGCCUGCAACCAAAGAAAGAGUUGAAAUGUGCAAAUUGACUGGGAAACAUCCUUUGAGAGAGUGUGCGAAUUUCAUCAGGGUCCUUCAUAAUUACAACAAGACCCACACAUACGUUUGUGGCACUGGAGCCUUCCACCCAAUGUGUGCCUUUAUUGAGCUGGGACCCCGGGCAGAGGAGCCUGUGUUUCGACUGGACUUACAUGGUCUCGAGUCUGGAAGAUUGAAGUGUCCCUUUGACCCACAGCAACCUUUUGCUUCUGUGUUAACAGGGGAAUACCUUUACGCUGGUACAGCAUCUGAUUUUCAUGGCAGAGACACUGCUUUCUCCCGCUCUCUGGGACCUCCAGCCAGUCGGCAUUACAUCCGCACAGAUCUCUCCGAACAUUACUGGCUCAAUGAAGCAAAGUUUCUCGGAGCAUUUUCCAUCCCGGACACCUACAAUACUGACGAUGAUAAAAUAUAUUUUUUCUUUCGGGAAGCAACAGAGGACAGCAGCACCUCUGACAGGUCUAUUUUCUCCAGGGUUGCCAGGGUCUGUAAGAAUGAUGUUGGAGGACAACGCAGCCUCAUCAAUAAAUGGACCACAUUCCUUAAAGCCCGCCUGGUGUGUUCUGUCCCAGGUCCUGACGGAGUUGACACUUAUUUUGAUGAACUGCAGGAUGUGUUUCUGCUCCAUACAAAAGAUGAAAGGAAUCCUAUUGUUUAUGGAGUCUUCACGACUACAAGUUCAAUCUUUAAGGGCUCUGCAGUCUGCGUGUACAGCAUGGCAGAUAUUCGUGCUUCUUUUAAUGGACCAUACGCUCACAAGGAAGGACCUGACCAUCGCUGGGUGGAGUAUGAUGGAAGGAUCCCUUACCCACGACCUGGGACAGCACCUUCUCCAAUCUUAAACAUGGCGAUAUCUUCAAAACAGCAGCAAUUAUACAUUGGCUCACAAGAUGGUCUGGUCCAGCUCUGGCUGCAUCGAUGUGACAUCUAUGGCAAGGCUUGCACUGAAUGCUGUUUAGCCAGAGACCCCUACUGUGCCUGGGAUGGCAGCUCAUGUUCCCGUUAUGCCCCAGCAUCAAAAAGGCGGACUAGACGUCAAGAUGUAAAACAUGGGGACCCCAUCAGCCAGUGCUGGGAUCUGGAAGAAAGUAUGAGUAAUGAAGCUGAAGAGAAGUUGAUUUUUGGCAUUGAGUUUAACUCCACUUUCCUGGAGUGCAUCCCCAAAUCCCAGCAGGCAUCUAUCCAGUGGUUCGUUCAGCGGUCCCGAGAUGAACAUCAUGAGGAGAUAAAAACUGAUGAGAGGAUCAUCAAAACAGAACAUGGCCUUCUGAUUCGGAGUGUGCAAAGAAAAGAUGCUGGCUCUUAUUUCUGUAGAGCUCAGGAGCAAACAUUUACUCACACCAUCAUGAGACUGAAUUUGAAAGUUAUAGAGAAUGAACAGAUGGAGAGUGCACAGAAGGCUGAGGAUGAGGAAGCCAAGGGCCGGGAUUAUGCCUCAGAGUCUCGGUUGAGAUACAAGGAUUACGUGCAGCUGUUGAGCAGCACCAGCUUCACGGUGGAUGAUUACUGCGAGCAGCUGUGGUAUCGGGAGAGACGGCGGCAGAAGAACAGAGCGGCCGGGAAAUGGAAGCACGUGCAGGAGCUGAAGAAGAAUCGAAAUCGCAGACACCACGUGUAAUCUCCGAUGGUUUGAAGAGAAACCUGAGCACUGUGGCUUUCUAUUCUAAGGAGGUGACAAAAACAUCAUUGAAUGCUGUUGUACUGUCAUUCCUGCUUUGGAGAGCUACAAGAUGCUUAUAAUAAAAUAAAGGACUUGCAAUUCCGCGUAGUGAACUCAGAGACAUCACAACCAAGACAGAGACCUCUUGGUCCGCAAUGUCAGUCUUCUUUAAUACCAUAUUGCUAAAGUAUUUACUGUACAGAAAAAGUCCAACUGGCCCAAUAGGUCUGUGCCAUUGCUUAUUAUCGACACAAACUCCUUGACUUUGCUUCAGUUCAUCCCAUCAAUGUUAAACUCUGAACAAAAAUGAAACCUCUUGCUUUAAGCAGAAGUGGAUCACUUACUCAGCUCAGGCACAUCCAUAAUGUUGUUUACAUCACAGGUGAGAUGUGUAUAAAUUGUGAUAGGACAUUUUGUCUUCAGUCAUUGACCAAAUUAGUGAGGUAAACUUUUGUGGUAAAUUUUAAACAUCUUUCUAUUACCUGCCACUAUCAACUUACUACAGGAACAUUGACAGAAACCCAUUUCCAAAAUGCUGUAAUAUCAAUUGAAACUUUAAUACAACUAAAAUAAUUACAUUGUUUUUGCUAUCAGCUUAAUACUGUAUAAUGGAACACCAGAUAUGUAAUUUUAUCAUUGUAAAUGGUAGCCUCUACCUAUGCAUGAGGAUUGAUGUUAAAUGUUAUGAGGAAAAGAAUUUACAUUUUUAUAAAUGGAUGUUUACACGAUCAUUUUCUCAAUAUUGCAUCAAAAAGAACAAUUCCUGUGGUUGUUGACAUGAGCAAAAUUUGAUGGUGAUUCUAUUACAUUAACUAGCAAGAAAAAUGCCUUCUCUUCAGAAUGUACUGUUGUUGAGAGCUAUAUACCAAACCAUCAAGGAAUGGUAGACUAAGCGGGGAUGCAGCCCACUGGAGCAGAAGUCUGUAGGUACAGCCUGCAGACUUGUGUCUGAGAUUCCCCUCAUGAUGAAUUGCCACUAUUAGGUCAUCACAGUAGGUAGUUGUGCGAUAGGAAAGCAAAGGAGCGAAAUGUAGUGAAUCGACUGCCCUCCAGCUAAUAACUAGCAUCUUAUGGCAGUUGCAGGGAUAAUUUGGAAGAUUCCUUGCCUGGAUAAUAGGCAGAGUAAAAAUAGAUAACCCGUAAAAAGUAAAGUAUGAAGAAGCCUGUAAGUUACCAAUGGCCAAAUUCCAUAUUCCAAUUGUUGAUUGUCAUCCUUUUAUCUAUGUACUUCUCCAAUCUGUUCUGCUGCUCUCCUAAUUUCUGAUGCAGGAGAAUAUAACAAGUUGGUUUAACAUACAUUUUAGACAGUAAAACUCCCUAUUACACCUAUUAUCAAAGAAUAUUUUAAGACUUGAUUUGUAUAGUUUAAGUGAAUGAAUUUUGGAACAUAUAUUACUGUAAAUUAUAUUCCUUUAGUCUAUUAUUUCUUUGUAUUAAAUUAGUUGAACCUUGUUAUAGAUUUGUUAAAUGUUGUGGGAUAAGGUUUUUAUUGUGAAGCCACUUUCAGAGUAACUGUUGCUUAAUAGUCAGUUCCUCCAGAAUUCUGGUUAGGGAGAUUUUCUCAUGUUUUCAGUGACAGGUAAUUGGUUAUGAUUGUGUAUGUCAAGGUAAAUCUCAUUCAACCCUGACUCCCUGAGUUGGGUGAAUGUUUCAGUUCUUGUCAAGGAUACUGGAUGGAGUACAAAUUCAUUUAGUUAGUAUUUCAUGGGAUUUGCUUGUCACUGAUAAGGAUAAUCUUUAGUUGCUCUAGAAUGAUCGUCUUGCUUGGUCAUUUCAGAAGGCAAUUAAGAGCCAGCCAUAUUGUUAAGGGUUUGGAGUCACAUGUAGGCCAGACCACAUAGGGACAGCAGUUUUUCCUCCUCAAAGGACAUGAGUGAACCCAGUGAGUUUUUGCAACAAUUGACAAUGAUUCCAUGGUCACCCGUAUAGAAAUUAACUUUCAAUUCCUGAUUUGUUAAUUGAAUUUGAAUUCCACCAACUGCUAUAGCGAGAUGUAAAUCCAUGCCCCCAGAACAUUGGUACAUUGGCAUUAGUACAAUGCCCAUCUCCCACCAUUGAAUGAAGAUGAAGCGUGUGGGAGACAGGGAAGGACAUUCCUGCUUCAGUCCAACUAGUUCAUCAACGGAGGGACAUUCCGAGAAAUGUGCGAUCAGGUUAAGAUUGUCACUCUUUAAUCUGAAACUCAAUGGACUCCAGAGUUAAAAAACCAGGCGGGAAAACACACCAACGCUUCAUCGGAGGCUGCACUUAGGAUGUUACCCAGCACGGUAACGAAAUGUCUGCGAAACAACAAACCAGCUCGGCGAGCCAACCAACCUCAACACCCACAACCCGAGCUACAAAUCUACUCCAAAACCUUAGAACUCAAAUAUUCUUCCAAUUUUGAAAUUACGUGGCUAAAUUUAAAAAAGAAUUGUUCAUUCAUUGAACAGCAAACUACACAUUUUUGAGGGGGACGGUAUAUCUUGGAUAGUUUCUAUAAAACAAAACAAAAAAACCUAAUACUCUUAGUUAAUCCGUGCGUGUUGUUCGGAUUUGUCAAGACUUACUGGGAAGGAUGAAGUAAAAGCUGAAAGAGAAAUGAGUGUCUAAUGUCAUUGAGUCCUCGGAAGAUGGCAGGAGUUACUUAAUAAAAUCUACAAUGCAAUUGAAUUGCUCCUUGGUGACCACUGUCCUUUGUAAAUCCCAAAUCCCUUUCUAUCCAAAAUGACCAUGAAGAAAGUCAGAUUAUCCAUCCUUAUCAAUUCUGGUGACAGGUGAUUAUCAAAAGAAGAAAUAUGGAAAAAAUAAGAAAAAUAAAGAAUACCUUGUCUAAUUUUAAGAAAGAUAUUCUUUAAAAUUAUUUUCUUUUCAUGUAAAGAUGUUAAAUAUGACGUCAGUAUAUUCACAAACGGGGAUUGGAAUGUUAAAUGUAUAUUUUGGUAUUAUUUUAAUAAAGUAGAAAACUUGUUAUUUAAAAACAAAA